UUCUCUUUUGAAACUUCAGAGACCCCAAAACCCAAUUCUUCUUCCAAACUCUCUGCUUCGAGCUUUCUCCCGUCUCUUCGCUCUUCCUUUCCUCUUUCCCUCUCCAGUUCAUUAAGCUUCUGAUCUCCCAUUUUCUUUCUCAAAUUCUAGCUUUUUCGUUCAAAAUUUCCCAAAAAUUGCGCCCAAAGAUCCAAGGUUUGGCCUCUUUCGAUUCUGGCUUAGAGAUGGCUCCAACGCCAUCUUCUUCCUCCAAACCGCACCCUACCCACCACUCUUUCAAGACCCCUCAAUCCAAACAGCGCCUCAAUUUCGCCUCCGCUCGCACUCCUAAUCACCAACCCUCACCAAACCCUAAUUCCGCCGUCAAGGAAAUCCAGCCGAUCGAUCACCCGAUUGAGGUGAUCGGCCGCAUCAGGGAUUUCCCCGACCGAAAGGAGAAACCUGCUUCAGUCUUGAACGUGAAUCCCGACGGUGAGACGGUUAGAGUCCGGGCGGAAAUCGGCUACAGGGACUUCACCCUCGAUGGAGUUUCAUUGUCCGAGCAGGAGGAUCUCGAUUCCUUCUACAAGAAGUUCAUCCAGUCCAGAAUUACCGGGGUGAAAUUGGGGGAGAAGUGCACGAUUAUGAUGUACGGGCCGACGGGUUCUGGGAAGAGCCACACGAUGUUUGGGUGUCCCAAGCAGCCAGGGAUAGUGUACAAGGGUUUGAAGGAUAUUUUGGGGGAAGGAGGAGAAGAGAAAGGCAGCCAUGGGGAAAAGCUGGGGAUGAUGGCUACUUUCGUACAUGUCACUGUUCUGGAGAUAUAUAAUGAGGAAAUUUAUGAUCUUUUGUCCAGUAAUGGUGGGGCUGGAGGGUUUGGAAUUGGGUGGCCUAAGGGUGGCAGCGCCUCAAAGGCAAGACUCGAAAUAAUGGGAAAGAAGGCGAAAAAUGCCACUUUCAUAUCUGGGUCUGAAGCUAGCAAGAUUCUGAAAGAGAUUCAGAAGGUGGAGAAGAAGAGGAUUGUCAAGAGCACUCUCUGUAAUGAAAGAAGUUCCAGAAGUCACUGUAUGAUUAUCCUAGAUGUUCCAACAGUGGGAGGCCGCCUGAUGCUUGUAGACAUGGCAGGAUCAGAAAACAUUGACCAAGCUGGGCAAACUGGCUUUGAGGCUAAGAUGCAGACAGCCAAGAUAAAUCAAGGGAACAUAGCACUAAAACGGGUGGUUGAGUCAAUUGCAAAUGGAGAUUCUCAUGUGCCUUUCAGAGAUAGCAAGUUGACUAUGCUGCUCCAGGAUUCUUUUGAAGAUGACAAGUCAAAGAUUCUAAUGGUUCUUUGUGCAAGUCCUGAUCCAAAGGAGAUCCACAAGACAAUCUGCACUCUCGAAUAUGGAGCUAAAGCAAAGUGCAUUGUCCGUGGCCCUCAUACCCCAAUUAAAGAUACUGAGGACUCUAGUUCAGUCGCAUUGGGAUCUAGGAUAGCAGCCAUGGACGAGUUCAUCUACAAGCUGCAAAUGGAGAACAAGGCCAAAGAGAAAGAGAGGAGCGAGGCACACAGACAGCUCAUGAAGAAAGAAGAAGAGAUAGCUUCCUUAAGAGCCCAGAUUGCAGUGAGAGAAGCUAUAGUUCCGAGUGAAGAAGAGAUCAACGUGAAGGUGAAUGAGCGAACACAGAUGAUGAAAAUCGAUCUUGAGAGGAAGUUACAAGAAUGCCAGAAGGCAGCUGAGAAGUUUUUUGAGAUGGAGAAGAAGAGGAUGGAAGAGAAGAUAUUGCAGCAGCAACAAGAAGUUGAAAUGCUGAGGAGACGACUGGAAGAGUUUGAGCUGGAGGCAAGUCGUCCUAAGGUUAGCGGGUUGGAGCAAAGGGAUGCUGCAAAUGAAGUGGGUGGUUGCAGAAGUAGCUUUGCAAGCAGGCUGUUGGGAGCUUGUGGUGGAGACGAUGAGGCAGGGAUGGUCAAAUCAAUGGAUCUGGACAUGGGGGAUCAAGAAGUCUUUGUGCGCGAGGUUAAGUUUGUAGACUCAGCUUCUAAUCAGCCAGGCAGCAACAUUGACAGUCCUUAUUUCCCUCCACAGACUGAUGCAUUUGGAACGAACUAUGGUGAUAAAUUUAAUCUCAGCACGGUUUUUGAAGAGGAAGAAGUGGAUGAAGAAGAUGAUGAACAACAGAAGAUGGAUGAGGAGGAAGAAGAAGAAGAAGUUGAGAAGAAGGUUAUAGAGGUGGAGGAGUGGAAGAAGCAAUCGAGUCAGGGAGAGGACAACAGCAAACUGAAGGACGACGACAUGUCUGAGGCUAGCAGGAGGUUAAGAAUUCAAAACAUAUUUACACUCUGCGGAAACCACAGGGAGCUAUCCCAUACCCAGACUCAGACCAACAGUACACCAGUGGCUGCUGCUGCUAAAGGGUUUCAGGAGGUUUGUUCUGAGAAGGAGAACAACAACCCUCAACUCCCAUUAACUCCACUUCUAGAUUACAACACACUCCCACCACUCACACCAGGUUCAUGCUUGUCUUCUAAACAGAAGAUAAUGCAAGAAGGGGAUGGUUUCUCACCUGAAGUUGAGCACCUAAGAUCCACUCCGUUCAUUACUAAGAGAAAGGCUCUACACUGAUCUUAUCCUGUUUCCCCUUUUGUAUCUUGGGGCAAUUUUUCUCGAGUAUAUGUGCCCAUGUACUCCUGUGUAUGCAAGUCUCACUUUUGUAGCGUGGAAUGCUUGUGUGAUGUGAUCAUUUUGAUUGGAAAUGGGAUCCAUUGCUGUCAUAAACUCGCAUACUAGAAUGCAAGAGCAUCCCACUUCCCACCAUUCAGUCCCUGCUUCCAUUUCGAUAUUUGCAUUAUACCCUCAAAAGGGUUCACCUUAUGUCAUUGUGUUUUGCUUCACAGUUGGAGGCUUUGGCCAAUAAGCAAAUUGACAACAGAAAAGAUUGCAACUUUUCUUUUUGUUUCUCGCACACAGGGUGGUGGGGGUGGUGAAGAAGUACAAAUUGAAUGAUUCCAUUAUAUCAUCAUCUCUCAAAAGAAGUUUACAGGAAACAGUAAACAACUCCUUUCCUCUCUGCCUUCUCCAACUCCUGUUAAAACUUUACAAUGUAUAUAUACCUUUCUCCAAAUUGAUACAAAGCUCUAGCUACGGUGAUGCAAAACAAAGAAGAAGAAAAAAUUAAGAAAAAGCAAGAAACUUUUGAACAGCAACAAAAGAAAUUAAUUGUCAAAAAAGAGAAAGAAAAAAAUUUGGAGGGAAACAGAGGAGCCUUUCUUCUUUUCUCUUUAAACCCUUUCUCCGAUCUCUAAAACCCACAUACAAAUUAAACCACCGAAGUUUUUCAAUUUUGUGUUUUUAAUCAUCUCAUUGGUAGGCGUCCAAAACUGAAGUUAGAUGGCCGGCGGUGGUGCUCUUGGUGGAGCCACCGUCCGCCGUCGGGGGAAGCCCGUCGGCGGCAGCGGAAUUUUCGGGCUGAUCCUUCGAUCGGGCUCUCGACUUUCGGGUGCGAGAAUGCUUUGGAAUGGAUGGCUGGUCCUGGCCGGUGGGGGAUUCGUCGCCGCCCUGGUUGGAGGAUUUCUUGCUCUUCCUCGACUUGACGCUGCCGCCCGACGACUCCCUGGCUGGGGAUCCCAUGGCCAGGUUGUUGGAAGAGCGGUGGCGCCUCGACUUCCUCUCGCCGUCUCCGGCCUUGGGUGAUCCCGCCGGAGAGCCAGCCGCACUGCUGGAGGUCGACGGCCGCCGCGAGUGCUUUGGCGCGUCGCUGGAUGAGCGCCUUGACU